AUGCCGCCAGCUGCAUCGUCUACAAAGAAGUCACCGUCGUUGAAGCAGUUGACUACAAGGUUGAAAGAUACGCAGGCUUCGCUGCUUGAUAUCUGGAAUUUUAUCGAGGAUUUUAAGGAAGAUUCAACGGUAUCCCAGGUGAAUGUGCGACUGGAGAAGUUAGAUGAGUUAUGGGAAAAAUUUAGUGAGACGUUGGUGGAGAUCAAAUCCCAUGACGAUUUCACUGCGGAGGAGGAGGCAUAUGGCAAGGAAAGGCGAGAGUUCAACAACCGGUAUUAUGAAGCCAAAUCCUUUCUGAUGGACAAGGUUAAGGAGAGGGAAGAGUGCCCAGCAUUGGAACAGUCUACGCGAGGAUUUGAUACAUCGGUGCAUGGUGCGUUGGACCACGUGCGCCUGCCUCAAAUAAGGCUGCAGAGUUUCAACGGGGACAUCGAUGAUUGGUUGAGCUUUCGAGAUCUAUUCACCUCCCUCAUUCAUUGGAAGGCCGAUCUUCCGGAGGUGGAGAAGUUCCACUAUUUAAAAGGAUGUCUUCAAGGGGAGCCUAAGAACUUGAUCGACCCUUUGAAGAUAACCAAGGCGAACUACCAAGUAGCAUGGGAAAUGCUGCUCAAACGCUACAAUAACAGCAAGCAGCUGAAAAAGCGACAAGUUCAGUCGUUGUUAGCGUUACCUACGCUCUCCAAGGAAUCCGUCGCACGUCUCGAUCCGGUGACUCGAAGAGGAUGGGAAGAGUUUUCGGCGGCUAAUGAGCAGGAUAUCCUAGCAGACCUUACGGACUUUCUUCAUCGACGCGUUCGUGUUUUGGAGUCACUUCCAUCAAAGCCCAUGGACACUAGGGGUGUCCAGCAGCCUAAUCAACUUCCAAAACAGAAGCCGCCGCAAUUACGUAUCAAUUCCAAUACAGCUCAAGCGUCUGUGGGACGCUGUGCGGCCUGCUCAUCCAAUCAUCCGCUCUUCCAGUGUAGUACGUUCCAACGAUUAUCGGUGUCUGAUAGAGACGCCAUAUUGAAGACGCACUCUCUUUGUCGGAACUGUUUCCGGACAGGCCAUCAAGCCAAGGGUUGCCAAUCGAAGUACUCGUGCCGGAACUGCAAGGGACGCCAUCAUACCUUGGUCUGCUUCAAAUCAGGAAGAGAAAGGGAUACGAAUGGGUCAACGGACAAUUCGUCAUCCAGUAAGGAACCGUCUACUUCAACUUCCUCCCAAGUGGCUAACAUGGCAGCCACCAACAUUUCAACAUGUAAUGCUGCGCACGAAUCUUCCUCCCAGGUCCUACUGGCUACUGCGGUCGUCAUGGUGGAAGACGAUGAAGGCAACCAGUAUCCAGCACGUGCUCUUUUAGACUCGGGGUCUGAGAGCAACUUUAUCACGGAACGAUUGUGUCAGCGUUUGAAGGUGACUCGAGAUAAGGUGGACAUCUCGGUUCUUGGCAUUGGUCAAGCGGCAACAAGGGUCAAGCACAGGAUUCGAGCUAUGGUACGUUCGCGGAUUUCCAAGUUCUCGCGAGAUUUGGGAUUUUUGGUACUCCCCAAGGUUACGGUUAACCUUCCCACAUCAACAAUCAAAAUUGAUGCAUGGUCAAUCCCAAAUGGGAUCGAACUGGCCGAUCCCACCUUUUUCGAAUCCAAAGGGGUGGAUAUGGUUCUCGGAAUCGAGAACUUCUUCGAUUUCUUCGAGACAGGAAGACGGAUCUCGCUGGGAGAACAGCAACCAACACUAAAUCACUCAGUGUUCGCUUCAACGGAAGGUUUAGACGCAUUGAUGGAACGCUUUUGGGCCAGCGAGGAUAUCGGAUCUAGCAAGGCUUAUUCCCUGGAGGAAAAUCGUUGUGAGGAGCUGUUUCAGCAAACCGUUCGGCGCGAAGAAGAUGGUCGGUACACAGUCGCACUUCCCAAAAAUGAAGACGUCCUUCUCCGGCUAGGCGAGUCAAGGGACAUCGCCUUCCGACGCCUUCAGGGAACGGAACGCAGGUUGGCAAGGGAUGCCAAGUUGCGUGAGCAGUAUAACGCUUUCAUGGAGGAAUAUCUUCGGUUGGGCCACAUGCGGAAGGUCGAGCAAGCUACUCUAAGCUCGGUGCGACGGUGCUAUCUUCCGCACCAUCCGGUGGUAAAAGAGGCAAGUACCACCACCAAGGUGCGAGUAGUCUUCGAUGCAUCCUGUAAAACUUCUUCAGGGGUGUCGUUGAAUGAUGUGUUGCUGGUUGGGCCAGUAAUACAAGACGACUUACGGUCCAUAGUCCUGCGGUGUCGAACUCGACAAAUAAUGCUAGUUUCCGAUGUUGAGAAAAUGUUCCGCCAGAUCAACCUCCGUCCGGAAGAUAGACCGCUUCAGUGCAUCUUAUGGCGUGCAGCUCCAGGAGAGGAGGUUGAGGUUUACGAGUUAAAUACCGUCACGUAUGGAACCAAGCCAGCGCCGUUUCUAGCCACCAGAACGCUGAAACAGUUGGCAACGGAGGAGGAAGGACGAUUUCCACUUGCAGCAAGGGCUGUUAACGAGGAUACGUAUAUGGACGAUGUCAUCACAGGAUCAAACGACGUUGAAACGGCGCUGGAAAUGCGAUUUCAACUGGACAAGAUGAUGUCGAGGGGAGGUUUCAAACUAAGAAAAUGGGCUUCCAAUUGCUCCAAGGUGCUGGACGAUAUCUCACCCGAAGAUUUGGCAAUUAGAGAUUCCGAGGAGGUUUCUCUGGAUCCAACGGCUUCCGUAAAAACUCUAGACCUAACAUGGCUGCCAAAACCCGAUGUGCUAAGGUUCCAAUUCAACAUUCCGGAGUUGGAAGAGGAUACCAAACUUUCGAAGCGUCAGAUCUUGUCAGUUAUUGCUACAUUAUUUGACCCAUUGGGGUUGCUAGGAGCAGCUAUCACUACGGCAAAAAUAUUUAUGCAGCGUCUGUGGACACUUCAAGAUGAAAAUGGUGGAAAAACUGGAAUGGGAUCAGCCGCUACCUUCCACGGUGGGUGA